AUGGCUGGCAAUGUUGGAUCAGGAGGAUCAGCAGGCUCGGAUCAUAGCCGAUCUGAAACUCUCACGCCAGAGACAGAUCGCAUGCAAACGGAUCCCACAGUUGGCUCUGGGGGCAGCCCUGUCUUAGCUGGAAAGAAGCGCAUCAACGGAAGACGACAGCUCAUGUCCCUUCGGGAUGCAAGUACAGCGGAAUCUACUAUUACAACUGCUACUGAUAAAUCGGAAGAGCAAGCUCCUUCUCCCGAUGCGCUGCAAGGCUCGAAUCAUUCGGGAGACUUUUCCAUCAUUCACGAACUGCCCAAGAUGGAAGCCAAGUCAUCACAUCAGCCCAAUCGUGCGCGUACUUCUUCCAAUGGCUCCAUGUCGACCUUUAGCAGAAGCAGGCGCUCGGGUAUGGCACCAUCCAAGACAGGAAAGGAAGUCUCCAACGCCAAGGCUGGAAGAACCAUUUUCAGUAACAUCCACGCCAAGGUACAAAUUCAAAAGAUCAAAGAAGAGCACAAGAAGGAAUCAAACUGGUGGGAAAGACUUGUUAUCUUUCCCAUGAGCAACUUUUAUCGAGCGUGGUGGAUGUUUACAGUCAUCGCUACCAUUUUUACAUUCUUCUUUGAAACCUAUCAGAUUGGUUUCCCGCCGGGUGGUUUGACCGAACCCACCUCUCCCAGCAGUGUCAUGAACUAUUUACUCAUUACGGUAUUUGGAGUGGAUAUGGUCAUCAACUUUAAUCUUGCUUUUUUCACAGAAAAUGAUGAAUUGGUAUACUCUCACCGAGACAUUGCCAAUCACUAUUUAUCCUUUUACUUUUGGAUCGAUCUCAUGGGGGUCAUGCCGUUCUAUCUCAUUGCCCUCAAGAUCUCGGGAUACUACCAAGAAGAUACCCACCUGACACAAUGGCUGUCUCUGCUACGAUUGCUACGGCUAGUCCGAAUGAGACGCGUCAAGCAACUCUUUGACAUUAUCAAGUUCUCUUCCAAAGUCAGUCUCAUGAGUCUGACGCUAAUCCGAAAUGGAGUUGCAGCAGGUGUAUGGACGCAUUUUGCGGCCUGUGUCUUUUUCUUUAUUGCCAAGCAAUACGACUUUGACCCGGACAAUACGUGGAUUGGUCCACAUGAAGACCAAUCACCCGCAGAAGUCUACAUUACCACCCUUUACUGGAGUGUGGUGACAUUUACCACUGUCGGCUAUGGUGAUUUGUCACCGGUCAAUACUGCAGAGCAAAUAUUCUCCAUGAUUUACAUGCUCCUGAAUAUCAUUCUCAUGUCCUACAUUAUUGGUUCCAUCACCUUGUUGGUGGUGAAGAACGAUGAAGCGACAGGCAUGUACCGAGCCAACUUGCAGACGCUCCACAACUAUUGCAAUGCCAAUGACAUGCUAGAUGAUGAACUCUACCCUCGACUCAAGACCCAGCUCAAGGUGGAAUUCAAUCACCGAGACAUGGGAGAUGAAAUGGUGCUGAGCAAGUUCCCCAAGACAAUGCGCCAAAAAGUAUUGUACAAAUUGUACAGUCCAUGUCUCGAGGGGACCAAUCUCAUGAAUGGUAUCCGACAGCAUUUCAUUACCGAUUUCUUGUCGGCCUGUCGCAUUGUCAUCUUUUCGAGUGGCGAAGAACUGCUGACACGAGGUGCUGUCAGUUCGGAUCUCUUCCUUCUCGUCGAAGGCGCCGUCGAGCUCUCGUCUCCAGAACUGACCAGAGCAAGCCGCGUCCAUUCGACUCAUGCCGGUGAUGAAAAGGGCAAGGUACGAAGGAUCAUGGAAGACCAAGAUUUCAUUAACGAGAUUUCCUUCUUUACGGAAUCUCCUCAGAUUGAUACGGUCCGAACCUUGACCGUUACCAAGACGCUGAUCAUUGCCAAGAGUGAGUACCGAGUGAUUUCCAAUAAUCAUCCCGGUAGCGUCGGAAGACUCCUUCACAAUUUGUUGCUCAAGGUGAAAGCCAUUCGAGACAUUCAAGAGCAGUCUCAUGAGACCUCGAACAUCAUGCCCAAGUUGCCCAAAAGUGUUCCUGUACUCUUUGCUGGUUCGGAAUUUGAUGCUUCCCAAGUGAGUACCUAUGACGAAUCAGAGUCUGGCGAAAAGAUGCCUCAAAACUUGACGGCCGCUCAAACGGAAGCGGCUCUGGCGUCCGUCCAAGAUUUGGUGGAAAUGCACAUUAAUCGGCAGCAGGAUGAUCACACGACACGAUUCCUCUUUGCGGCAAGUCGUGACGAUGUGGCUAGCAUUCGUCUCAUGUGCGAUCAAGGUUUUGAUCCCGAUAGCUCCGAUUACGAUUCCCGCACGGCCCUCAUGGUGGCCAGCAUGAAGGGCAACAUUGACACGAUCGAAAAAUUGCUCGAGUAUGGUGCGGAUCCUCAUUUGAAGGAUCACCAUGGGACCUGUGCCCUUUUGGAAGCCAUUGAAAAUGGACACGAUGUCGCGAUUGACAUUUUGCUGAAUGAACGCACCCAUCCUGAUAUGCAUUGGUUGGACGAUGCACGAGCAUCGGGUCUUUUGAACCAAGCGGUCUCGGAUGGAGACAUUCAAAAGCUCCAACGUCUCAUCAAGGCAAAUGUGAAUUUGGAUGCUGGUGAUUAUGAUAUGCGAAGACCCAUUCACAUUGCCGCUUCGGAAGGGAACAUGUCAGCCUUUCGUGUAUUGGUGGAAGCUGGAGCGGACCUUAUGGUGCUGGACCGAUGGGGCAAUUCUGUGGAAGACGAUGCCAAGCGCGCCCGCAACGGCAAGUUGGUGGAUUAUCUGAAUCAACAGAAUCUGUUUCGAAGCGAUUCAAGGGGAAACCUGACACCAUUGGCUGAAGAACACGCUGUUGCAUGA